AGCGCAGGCAGCAGUGGGGGCCGGACGGCGUCUCGGUGCGCACUGCGCGGGGAGCAGAGCACGGCCGCCCGCGGAGCCCCAGCCGAGCGGAGCGCAGCCCAGCCGGGCGCAGCGCCGGCCCCGCGCCCGCAGCCAUGCCGGCCGGCCGCGCCGCGCGCACCUGUGCGCUGCUCGCCCUGUGCCUCCUGGGCAGCGCGGCCCAGGAUUUCGGGCCGACGCGCUUCAUAUGCACCUCGGUGCCCGUGGACGCCGACAUGUGCAGCGCGCCCGUGGCCGCCGGCGGCGCGGAGGAGCUCCGGAGCAACGUGCUGCAGCUCCGCGAGACCGUGCUGCAGCAGAAAGAGACCAUCCUGAGCCAGAAGGAGACCAUCCGCGAGCUGACCACGAAGCUGGGCCGCUGCGAGAGCCAGAGCACGCUGGACGCCGGCGCCGGCCGCAAGCAGCCCGGCUCCGGCAAGAACACCAUGGGCGACCUGUCCCGGACGCCGGCCGCCGAGACGCUCAGCCAACUCGGGCAAACUUUGCAGUCGCUCAAAACCCGCCUGGAGAACCUCGAGCAGUACAGCCGGCUCAAUUCCUCCAGCCAGACCAACAGCCUCAAGGAUCUGCUGCAGAGCAAGAUCGACGACCUGGAGAGGCAAGUGCUGUCCAGGGUGAACACGCUGGAGGAGGGCAAGGGGGGCCCUAGGAACGACACCGAGGAGAGGGUCAAGAUCGAGAGCGCCUUGACCUCCCUGCACCAGCGGAUCAGCGAGCUGGAGAAAGGCCAGAAGGACAACCGCCCCGGAGACAAGUUCCAGCUCACGUUUCCUCUGCGGACCAACUACAUGUACGCCAAGGUGAAGAAGAGCCUGCCAGAGAUGUACGCCUUCACCGUCUGCAUGUGGCUGAAGUCCAGCGCCGCGCCCGGCGUGGGCACGCCCUUCUCCUACGCCGUGCCCGGCCAGGCCAACGAGCUGGUCCUCAUCGAGUGGGGCAACAACCCCAUGGAAAUCCUCAUCAAUGACAAGGUGGCCAAGCUGCCCUUUGUCAUCAAUGAUGGCAAGUGGCACCACAUCUGUGUCACCUGGACCACCCGGGAUGGGGUCUGGGAAGCCUUCCAGGACGGCACCCAGGGCGGCAGUGGCGAGAACCUGGCACCCUACCACCCCAUCAAGCCGCAGGGCGUGCUGGUGUUGGGCCAGGAGCAGGACACCCUGGGUGGCGGGUUCGAUGCCACCCAGGCGUUUGUGGGGGAGCUGGCCCACUUCAACAUCUGGGACCGCAAGCUGACCCCGGGGGAGGUAUACAACCUGGCCACCUGCAGCGCCAAGGCCCUUUCCGGCAACGUCAUCGCCUGGGCCGAGUCCCACAUCGAGAUCUACGGGGGAGCCACCAAGUGGACAUUCGAAGCCUGUCGCCAGAUCAACUGACGCUCCAGCGUCGCGAGCCUCCCACCCCUCGGCCCCCGCCCCACCCGCCUCCUCUGCUUGUGCAGCGACCACCCAUCAUCUGUGCGCCCCCACCCCCCACCCCGAAUGACUCCCGGCCGUGGCCCUGCCCACACGCACACGCUCCCCUCACCGCUCUGUUCGGCCUUGGUGCCCAGGAGGCAGGCCUGGCUCCCGCUGUCCCCGAGGAGGGAGGGGCCCUCUCCCUCGGAGCCCUGCCUCAGGACGCAGGUGAUGUGGCUUUCUGAACAGUGCAGAUACAGUAGGUGAGAGGACCACGUGCGUGUGAGUGUGCGUGUGCACACGUGUGUGUGAGCAUGUGUCUCUGGGGGAGACUUUUUCUUUCAGAGCGAGGCACUUCCUCUCCUUCUUUCUCUGUGGCUUUGGGAGCCGUCGUGGCUGGUCAGAGCCUGUCUGUGCCGCCCGCGCCUCGGCCACACGCCUGCGUCUUCCUUAGCGGAGCCCGUGCGGGGUGACGCAUCUCUGAGUCAAUGAUGCCAGUGUCUGUUUGCUGAGGCUGGGGGGGUGCCCGUCCAUGGCUUUGUCUUUGUUCGUAGGAGAAGUGGGUUUUCUCCGAGGGCGGAAGGCAGACAGUGUCCUGGUGGGGGGCACCAGGUGCCAGAGGGGCAGCGGAGGUGGGAGGAGGGUCCAGGCAGUCCUCCCUCAGCCCCAACGUCCUGCCGCUCGUGUCCGAGGGCAGGGCUGGGCCCCGGGGGCCAGCUCGGGCCUCCUCCGUCCCGCCUCCUCACAGCCCAGGGCCUGGGACCCGUCCGCCUUCCAGCCACCAGCUGUUUUGCCACAGCACUGGUGCCCCUGAGAGAGAAGCACCCCCCCACAGCCAGGGAGCCAGCCUCCCAGGCCCCGACUCUGCCUCUGGUAGUAGAAGACCAGAGGCUUCAGGGAACGAGCACAGGAGGGAAAUGCGCGCUCUGAGGAAGACGCAGCCACGCGGGACCGAGGGGACUCACGCAGCCCUUGUGGCACCGACAGCCAUGCUCCUCCCACAGUCGGGCCCAGGGAGCCGGCUCACCCUGCUCUCUGGGGGCAAGGCCCCUGCGGCCGCUCCUGGGCAGCCAGGCUUCCGGGCCGGGCCAGGCCCUGAAACCAACGCCCCCGGCAUGUCCCCGGCUGGUGACACCGAGGCCUGACCAGUGAUUAGAAGCUUUGGGUUUUCUUUUUCCCAUGAAAAGCUGCUACGCGCAUUUCCUUCCAGCCCUUCCGAGGUGGGACGGGUGUGCGUGUGCACACGUGUGUGCAUCGUGUGAGAGAGCACACACUCAGAAGGACCGUGCUGAGGGGGGGCAGGCUCCCUGCUUUUUGCACCACCCGGGGCUCACGCGCCCGAGGGCACCUGGGCCCUGUCACCAGGAGUCUAAGCAGCAAACGCUGGCGAGUCUUUCUAGAAGCCGGCCCGCACCGCCCGGCUCACCUGCAGCCGCAGGUGUUUCUCCAGGAGGAGCAGGUGUCCCGUCUCUCGUCCCUUGUAGGGGCACCUGCCUCCAGAGGCGCAGCCCACACUGCGCUGGAGCCCAGCGCACCCGUGCGUCCGUGUGUCCGUGUGUCUGUGUCCGCGUGGGCGCCUGCACGCUGCCCAGCGCCGCCCCGCCUCGUGCCGCGCUCCUGCGGAGGGGGCGGCCGGGCUGCGUGUUGCGGUUCCGCAGUGGCUUUUUCUGACCCUUGUGCUUCGUCAGAGCCCGUAGAUCGUGGCGCCUGUGGAUCCGCAGGGAUCUUCUCUGUUUUGCAUGUCCCUCAGGGCGGCGUGUCCCUCGCUCGCCCAGCCCGGUGUGUGUCCCCUGCCUGCAUGGACUUCUCUGGUUCUGUGUUUUGUGCCGAGUGCCACCCAUCGUUCUGUGACCAUCCAUGUCGCUUCUGGAAGUGGCUGGGAAAGCCAGCCACGGGUGUCGGAGGAGGACCCGGGAGAGGGUGGUUUCCCUCCCCGCCUCCCCACUCCCCACGCCCACCAAGAAGUAUUUUCCUGUGUAGGAAAGAACAGGCCCAAACAGCACCCAUGGGGGACAGCGAGAGCUCAGAAUCGCCCCUCUAGACCAGACCGCCCACCCUCACUCCAGCCGCCUGGGAGCAGCUGCCAGGCCAGGCCCAGAGCGGCUCGGUGCUCUCCGGUCAGCACCUCCCACCAGCCCCCGCGAUCUCCCCGCCUGACCACCUGCCCAGAGGGUGCGGUGGGAGCUGCCGUCCAGGACCACAAGCCAUUCUCUGCCCCAGCCCAAGAGGGCAGAGCAUCCCCAGACUCUAGGUCUGUGCCCACCUCCUGCCCCUCCCCGGCGCCCCCACGGCGCCGGGGGUGCCAGCUGACAUUUAGCUCCCUCCCCCAACCGGAGCCUGUGCCAAGUCCCCCGACUCCCUCACUGUGUUAACACUUGGCACUUUGCCGCCCCGAGAGAGGCAGGUGACCGAGCCACAAAUCUAACCCCUGCAGUCUCCACCCCCCCUCCCCCGAUCUGAUUGACGCCCCCUCUUGCACUGAGUCACCCCCGCCUCUCUCAGGUAAGCCAUUUUAUAAAACGAGGAGAUAAAGAGCACGGUGGACACAUGUUGGCCUCCGCCGAGCUGACCGCGGCUCCCGGCACGGCCGGGGCGGGGGACGGCCGCCCACAGGCUCCCCCCCCACUUGAAUCGUAAGCCUUCUUGCUUUUGAUAACACGGUAUUAUUUCUCUUACUGUAGAAGAAAAAGUUUAUUACCAAACAAGAGUAUUUUUAUGAAAGAAUAGGACAAACCUAUAAAUUAACUCAACCUCUAUCUCCCUUGAAAACACUUUUCGGGCCCCGCCAAACUGCUGGACUGAAAGCGCAUAUUUUGGAAGAAAAGGGAUGCAUUUUGUAUGCUUUCUUUUCCUUUUGUAGGUUCCCAGUUUAUUUUCCGAGAUCACUCUGUCACCAGCCCUGGGACCUGAGACCAAGGGGGUGUCUUGUGGGCAGGGAGGGGAGGGGAGGGGAGAGGCCGGCCUGAGGUUCACGGUCGUCCGGUGAGCUCCCAGGAGGGGCCACCUGUUUUCACAGGCAUGUCGGGACCAGGGUGUCCGUGGGUCGUGAGAGGUGGACCCGGCGUCUCGGAGCUGCCCUGUCAGGUGGAUGCGUGGCUGCCACUAGGGGUGGGACCCUUUGUAAUCUUGCAGCGCCGAAAUGUGGCCCGAAGCCAUCCUGGCUCCCUCUCCGGACAUAUGGCGGGCAGAGGGGUCCCGCUGAUGGUGGGACACAUGCCGCUUCGGCGCACAGGGGACUCCGUGUGACCGGUCAGAGGGGAACGAGUCGUUCAGGAGAAAAAAAGCCCAAUUCUUAGAGUCCCAAUUUUGUCUUAUUUGCCAAAACAAGAGCCCCCACCAAACAGACUUAGCAACGAAGCAAACCCCCAUGGUCGGUGUUGUUACACUGUACAUACUGUAAAAUAUGGAAGAGGAUCGGUGUGUCUUACUUUUUCAUUAUUUGCUAACCAAAGCUGAACAUUUUUCAUACAACCUGCAGCCUUUCGGCUACCAAAUGGGUCAAAACCGUGGGACCUGCCACCUCCCAUCAGCGAUUCUGGAAAUGCACUAUUUCUACUGGUAUUCUUGCUUUCUUUCUUUUUUCAUUUUCUUGCUGAAACGACAUGAAUUGUUGAGUUUAU